AUGUUGAGCUUCCUCGGAAAAUCUGUGGCCCUGUUGGCUGCGCUGCAGGCUACUCUCAGCUCUGCAAGCCCUCUGGCUACCGAAGAUCGCUCUGUUGAGAAGAGAGCCAACGGAUACGCAAACUCCGUCUAUUUCACCAACUGGGGCAUCUACGACCGCAACUUCCAGCCUGCCGAUUUGGUGGCAUCAGAUGUCACUCAUGUCAUCUACUCCUUCAUGAACCUCCAGGCAGACGGCACAGUUGUCUCUGGCGAUACCUACGCUGAUUUCGAGAAGCACUAUGCCGAUGAUUCUUGGAAUGAUGUCGGCACCAAUGCCUACGGCUGUGCCAAGCAGCUGUUCAAGGUCAAGAAGGCCAACCGAGGCCUCAAGGUUCUACUCUCCAUCGGUGGCUGGACCUGGUCCACCAACUUCCCUUCCGCAGCAAGCACGGAUGCCAACCGAAAGAACUUUGCGCGAACUGCCAUUACCUUCAUGAAGGAUUGGGGUUUCGAUGGUAUUGACGUCGACUGGGAGUACCCUGCCGAUGCCACCCAGGCCUCCAACAUGGUUCUUCUGCUCAAGGAAGUCCGAUCUCAGCUGGAUGCUUAUGCUGCCCAGUACGCCCCUGGCUACCACUUCCUCCUCACCAUUGCUGCCCCAGCUGGCAAGGACAACUACUCCAAGCUGCGCCUGGCCGAUCUUGGCCAAGUCCUCGACUACAUCAACCUCAUGGCCUACGACUACGCUGGUUCCUUCAGCCCCCUCACCGGCCACGACGCCAACCUGUUUGCCAACCCGUCCAACCCCAAUGCCACCCCCUUCAACACCGAUUCUGCUGUCAGGGAUUAUAUCAACGGAGGUGUUCCCGCCAACAAGAUUGUUCUCGGCAUGCCCAUCUACGGACGAUCAUUCCAGAACACCGGUGGUAUUGGCCAGUCCUACAACGGAGUUGGAGGUGGAGGUGGUGGCUCUACUGGAAGCUGGGAGGCUGGUAUCUGGGAUUACAAGGCUCUUCCCAGGUCCGGCGCCACCAUCAAGUACGAUGAUGUCGCAAAGGGUUACUACAGCUACAACGCCAACACCAAGGAGCUCAUCUCUUUCGAUACCCCUGACAUGAUCAACACCAAGGUUGCCUACCUCAAGUCUCUUGGCCUGGGAGGUAGCAUGUUCUGGGAGGCCUCAGCCGACAAGAAGGGAUCUGACUCUCUGAUUGGAACCAGCCACAGAGCUCUUGGAGGUCUGGACACGACUCAGAACCUGCUGAGCUACCCCAACUCCAAGUAUGACAACAUCAGGAACGGUCUGAACUAA